UUUUGCUGCAGGUUCUUCGCACGGGCAGCGCUGCACCCUGGCAGACGAUCUGUGAAUGAAAAGACGGCGCAUUUCUAACUAAGAAACAAAACUCCUGCAACUCAUCGAGUCUGUUAUCCAGACCGGAGCUCAUAUGAACGCGCCAUCACCCGGAUUCCAGCAUUUAUUUACGUUUUGCUUUCCCAAACUUUGCUGUCAUUGCUGUCCGGUUUACAGUAGCUUGCAUGUGGUGCCAACGCUGAGCAGAUUGCCAGCAUAAAAGGGAGAGAUGUAGUUAGAACUGGUUUUGAGUGGAACAGGCUUUUGCACUCAUCACGCUGGUAAAAUCGAAAACGAGCUUAUUCGGUCCAACUGAUGUAAUAUUACUACAGAAUAUUUAUUUCAAUACUCGCAGUAAAAAUAAUGGAAAUGAGCCACUCGCUGUGCGAAUUUCACUGACGUCUCCAGAAGAGUGGAUAUUUUUGCGAGUCGGGGAAGGGAUAUAUACCCGCGGCAUCCCAUCUAUCCGCCGGCCCUGAUCUUACUCCAAAGUGCAGUCUUUCUGCUAAACUGAUGAUGACGGAAAAUAGCGAGAAGGAGAAUGAACCACAGAACCGGGUCCUUCAGCGGUCACCGAGCACAGUGUCCAUGCAGCCGGUAUCCAAGCUCCAGCGUCUGAAGCGCUCGCUGUCCUUCAAGUCCAUCAUGCGCAGCAAGAGUGUGGAGAACUUCUUCCAGCGGUCCAACAGCGAUGCUCGGAUGCCGCCCGAUUUCUUCACCGAUGCCCCGCCCCCGUCCCCGCCCCUUCCGUCGGGAUCCCCACUGGCCAGCGACGGCUCGCCAUCCAUGUCCCCGUCCCUCAGCCCCAACCCUUCCCUGUCCUCUCAAUCCCCGUCUUUAAGCCACUCCCCCUGCGGGUCCUCCAGGCCCCCAGACCUGACCCGGCCCCAGCUGGUGCACUGCUUUCAGGAGCACGUAUUCCGACGGCCCACUUACUGCCAGCUCUGCAACAACAUGAUCGUGGGUAACUCGAAGCAGGGCCUCCGCUGUAAAGCUUGCAAGGUGGGGGCUCACCUGUGGUGCUCCUCUGAGCUCUCCCAGCAGCCCUGCAGCGGCAAGACCGGGGCCUUCAAACGGAACUUCAGCUCGCCGUUGCUCAACAAUGACCAGCUACACACCCUAAAGGAGGCCCCCCCUGCUCAGGAACAGGGGAAGGGCCGGGUGGACCCCGUGUACGAGACCCUGCGCUACGGGACGUCGCUGGCCCAGAUGAGCCGUUCCAGCUUUGGCAGCAUGUCUGAGUCGCCAACCUGCAGUAUUGACGAGGGGGGGGAAGAACGGGAGGAAGGUCAGCAGCCCCCGGAAGAGGGGAGUUCUCUAGAGAUGCCGGGUAAGACCCCACCUCUGGAAUCAGAACCGCCCCCCCAGGAGAACGGGAAGGCAGAUCCGGAGGACGGAGGUGGUCCAAAGGCUCCCAAGAUUCACUCCAUCCAUACUUACGUAGCGCUCUACAAGUUCCUGCCACAGGAAAGGAACGACUUGGAGCUCCACCCUGGCGAUCGAGUACUGGUCAUGGACGACUCUAACGAGGAGUGGUGGAAGGGCAAGAGCGGAGACAGGGUGGGCUUCUUCCCGGCCAACUUUGUGCAGAGGGUCCGGCCGGGAGAGCGAGUGUUUAGGGUCACCCAGGGCAUCCAUGGAAACCGAGAGAUGGGCCAAAUGACCGUAAAGGAGUCUCAGAUCUGUGUGGGAAAGAUCGAGGACACCGACGGCUUCGUGAAACUAAGCAGCGGGAAGAAGAGGGGCCUGGUCCCUUGCAAUUCCCUGGAGGAGAUAUGAGGAACGUGGAUCUUUUGUCUCCGGCACUCUGCUUUAUCCGGCCUAUCCUCCUGUUACGCGGGGCUGGGUCAGGACCGCAGGACAAAGGAUAUCGCUUCAAAAUUCCUAAAUAACCCAACACCAUCAGGGGGAAACAGAAAAAAGGAGGAGGUGGGUCUUCAAGGAAGCUGACCAGGAAGUUAAAUUUCAGAAUGAUGUUCCUAUCUAACCCCCUCAGCCUGGCAAAAAGGAACAGAAAUCCAUUAACGUUACAAGACUGGCUCCAGGGAGAGGCCAGGGUGCUUGUGGAGCUCAAGCAUAUAGCUACACCUUUCUUGUGGAAUAACGAGGCUGACCCAGCAGAUUGCAGCUUUCGGGCGACAGCUGAACCUUCAGUGGUCGUCUGAACCAAAUCGGGGAAUCACAGGGAUCAACUGCUUAGUCUGCACACCAAGACUCUUACAUUCUGGAGACAGCUGGUGCACACGUCCUCAUCCCAGAUCCCUUCGGUGGUAGAAUCACUUCUUUCCUGGAUGUCCAUGAGGUUGGGGCUAAAUCAGGGAGAAGGGCAACACAUGACGGGACGCUUCUCGUGACGUUAUGGGGAUCUAGCCGGACAUUAUAUUUCAGAGGUCUUGCUUUGUGUAUAGCUUUCAUUAUUACAGGAUGUUCUGCUGGUCCAAGGUACACAGAUACUCCUAGCAGAGUAAUAUCUCAGGUCCGCUGUGGGAAGACCUAUUAAGAGUAACAUUAAGGUGUUCCAGUGAAGGCUGUUCUUUUUUGUACUUUACAUUUAGCCACCUGAGUUUAAACUGGGUCCCUGAGCUGAGACCAUUUCCAGUCUAUUUUGGACCUGCAGCACCAGUUGCUAUUUCUGUUAAUCCGUUUUCUUCCGUUUUCCACAAGAACGAGGCCUGGAUCUUCACAGGACACAGUAAUUACAGGUGCACGCUGCUUUACUUACCCGUGUUUAAUUGACUACACACCAUUCUUUGAAAUCGUUCGGAAGAGAUCUCCGUACCGUCCACACCUUGCAGUAUUACACAAUACAAUUAAAAGCCUAAAGUCUCAGUUUCUGUUGGGAAAAUAACAUCUUUCUUUUUCAGGGGACUGGUAGCAGUCACGAUGUUAUCAUCAGAUACAGACAGCAAAGAGACACGACUAAAAUAUCUGGUGGAAUUUUCCUAUAAUGUUUUGCAGUGAACCUAUUCUGUAAAAACAAAUUUCACUCAUAGGCCCCCCAUAAGUGAAAACCCUGAUAUUUUCUUGUCGAUGCUGCACUACAAGAACAAACAAAAGCAACCGGGGAAGACAAAUGAAGUCCUUGAUCUCAGUCCAACUGGCAGACGUGCAAACUGAUAAAUGCCAAAAGUCUGCUAUCGGAUUAGAGGAGAAUAAAAAUUAGAGGAACGAUAUACAGAUCAUGUUGUUUUUGUGCAGGGUGGAGGUACCGAUCAAAGCAGGCGAGCAGAAAUGAUUUUUUGAGCUGCAUAAUGGGUAGAUCCAUUUCCGGGGCAUGAACAUUGUGACUGGUGUUUGUAUUUCCUUUCCCUCUGCUUUAGGUACGAGUGCCUUUGAGGAUGGGGUCAGGUCCCCUGCUUGUUUCAAAGUCAGCUAUGUGCCCCGAUAUUCCCACAAGCUUUCCUUUAAUUCGUAGCUCCUUGUGCCACCUUCUGAUCUACCCGACCUCAUUUUGUUGAGGUCGGGCUAGAAGUUAAGUCUCGGUCCCUUGUUGCUCCGCAAAGGCACCUCUUUCCGACCUUAUCUAGUUUCAAGCUCCAUCAAACGUUCCAGCUACCCUACAUGAUCUAUCUUGUUUCCUGUUACCUCUUUCCAAAAUAAAUUGUAUACCUUAGACUUCUUACAUUAGUAGUUGGAUUCUAACCGAAGCGACUGAUAAGUACAUUCUUCAUGGUACGCCGACAGCGCCGAUCUGGAUGUUAAAUACGCAGAAUUUUCUAGUUAACCAGCUGCUGUCUUGCGUGAAAAGUAAGCUUGAAGGCUUCAGGAUCAGUGAGACAUUGGCCUUCACUGCACUGUACUGUACUGGCCUUGUAAACAAUUACCGAUUCUUAUUUAUGAAGGUGUGCAUUUAAGGAAAUAUAUCCUAGUCACAGAAGGAAGACUGUGAUAAUGUAGAUCUUUGAGGUACUUCAUUAGACACCUACCCAUCUACACUCCCAUCACAAAAAUAUAGAAUAUUUAGAUUAAUUACUAAACUGUUUAGGUAGUUGUUCAGCUUCUGCUACAGGCCGUUUCACUCUUCUCAAUUAUAUCCUCACCAUUUUUCAAAAACAUGACUUUGUCUCCAUGUUCUGUUAAUGCAAAAUAAGAUACAGUUUUACUCUUCACCAUGUUUGGCUAAGGAUCCACCGGCAGAUAUGUGAAAUACAAGAGAUGACCUUUAGAUUAAGGAAAAGAAAUAGUCCAUUCCAUCCAUCCAUCCAUCCAUUUUCCAAAACGCUUAUCCUAUUGGGUCGCGGGGGGUCCGGAGCCUAUCCCGGUAGCAAUGGGCACGAGGCAGGGAACAACCCAGGAUGGGGGGCCAGCCCAUCGCAGGAUAGUCCAUUCCUUUUUUGACUAUAUUAAAAAUGAAAUAACUUAACAAUAAAGGAAUGAGUCUAAAUCUCCCUCAAUCCUGGAAUCGCAGGGCAUUAAUCGGCUUAGCAAACAGCUACAGUAAAACACUGGGUGGUCAUGGGCUACAUGUUCUAUCCUCGCUGCCGACUGUGAACUUAAUUCAUGUAGACGGUCUGUGUUAUCCAGCAUUAUUGGAGGUGUGUUCUAGGCAAGGAACCAUUUUAAAGCAUCACUUCAAUAAAGUUUCAGAAGAUA